CUUGUCACAUAAACAACGUAAUAUAUUAUUACUGGGAUAUUGGAAAGGUAUUCAGUAAUCAGUUCGUGAAUGUGAUUUGUCGUGGUUUGUGCUCAGCGGUGAAUAUUAGUGUUACAAUUUUUGUAAUUUUGCACAAGUAGUUGAAAAAAUGGAACACCGAGUUUCCAAGUAUCAAUUAGAGGACCUCCUUAAUUAUUUAAUGGAGCAUCAGGCUCUGGCCAAAGGCGUUGGUUUGGGUCCACGAUCGAAAGAAACAGUCGAUCGCCAGUGGGAAGAACUAGCUUCCAAAUUAAACGCCCAUGGCAGUGGUGCCUCAAAAUCUGGAUAUCGCUGGAAACGUUAUUGGGCUGACCUGAAGCAUAAGGUAAAGGCAAGGGCAUCAGCCCAAAGACGGGCAGCUUCUGGUACUGGUGGUGGGCCGGCUUGUAAAGAUGACUUAUCAGAAAUUGAUAAAAAGGUGUUGGCCAUUAUUGGAGAGGGUGCUGCAUAUGGUGAUACCCAGCAUAGAGUGCCAGCAUUUCCUAUACCAACACCAAGUACCUCCUCGGCCAUUUAUGAGGAUAUCGCCACUGAAUGUGUAGAGAUAACCAUAGAGUCUUCUCCACCACCACCAGCCAGUGAACGGCUCAUAGAUAUUGGGCAGACCACAACGCCAACAUCACCAUCAACCAGAGGAAAUACUGGUAUAGUUUUUUCAGAUAGAGUGCAGGCACCAGCUUCUGCUGACCCUAACAGGACGCGGGGUCCUAGAUCAAAUGCUGAUAGUCCAGUGUCACGGCGACUACCCAGGAGCUCUGUUAGGAGCCGAAAUAUCGCCGAUCUCAGGACUCGUCAAAGAGUCGACCCGUCGUGGAUCGUGGAUAUGGAAAAUAGACGGAUCGACGCGGAGCAGAAGCUGGUAGAUGCAAUUAUGAUAAUUGCAGAGGCUAGGAGGGACGAGUUAGAUAUAUCGCGCAGACAGCUAGCCCUUACAGAGACUCUGGCUCAGGCGCUGCGCGAACUGACCAAUGUCUUAAAAAAUUGUUUAGAAAAUAAAUAACAUUGUUUGUGUUAUCAUUUUUUUAAUUCCAAAUUCAUUCAUAGACAUGACUCAUACAUAGACAUGU